AUGCGUCGUCCCUACGUCUGCCCGGGCUGUCGCCAUGGCCUGUACCGCAGCCUGCAGCCAUCCUCCCGUGCCAAUUUCAUCUCCCUGGCCAAGACCAAGCCCGAACCUCCCGCCGCCGACCAACAGCAGCAGCAGCAACCGCCCACCAAGCUCGACCAUGUUCCUCAGAAGAAGAAGCCCUCUGCCCCACCGGGGACAAAACUUCCCCAUCUGCUCCAGGACGCCUCCAAGGGCGGAUCGUCUCGAUAUUCAGCGCCUUGGAAUCAGCCCGAGGCCGAGCAGCCAACCCAAGCAUUUCCACCCAUUAGGCGACCGGGUGUAGGACUACUCCAUUCCCCCGGAGCAAUUGCUGUGGGACUCGAUGAGAUCCUCAACAACCCCGAGAGCACAGUCGGCGAGGCGUGGGCCUACUUUCAGGCCCACUACACCAGCAAUGACUGCCCGGCUCUGGCUGCGCCCUCGCUGCAAGAUCUCCUCAAGGUCCUCAAGGGCAAUGUUUUCAGCAACCUCCUGACCGUUGCCUUCAGGGAAUGGUGCGACAAAGACGGCGAGACGAACGUGCCGUCGCCGGUUGAACUGGUGGGAAAAUACAACAGUCUGGGGAUAAUGCGUGAAUCUUUCUGGGACACGGCCUUGUCAUGUUUGGCAGCACAGGUCCUCCGCACGGCCACAACGCCGCCUGCAGACCGAAAGCGGCCGCAAGAGGCCUUGGCCAACUUGAUGGUGCUCUGGCGCGCCUUCUACAUGGAAUACGGUAAGCUGGCGAAGCCGGAGAUCGCGCACAUCGCAGUGCAGGCCUACGGCGAGGAGUGGUCGUUUCUCCCUCCCCCGUUUGAAUUAACCAAGACGACUACUGGUGCGAACAACACGGAGAGUUUCGAGAAGCGGCUGCAAAUGUUCCUGCCUCGGCUCCCUCUACUUACCCCAUCGAUGAUAGGGAUGUCUGCGCUGCUGACGUUCGACAUGCUUACCCGCGAAGAUGAUCCACUCGGAAUCCCCCAGAGCGCGAUUAUGGAAUACCGUCCCUUUGCCCAGUUCAUUGCGCAUCUUGUGCCAAUGUCCAAUGUGGCCAGGAUGACGUCGGACAUGGAGGACUAUCUGCUCAAUCACGGUGUAACGAGGCAUGAAGUGGACGGCGUGAUAGGGCGAUUACGGAACUCUGGGCAGAGAGUGGUGCGGAUCUUAGGCACGGCCAACCGGUCAAGGGGCCAAGACGAGCGGCAAUUGACGGACGAAGAGAGGCUAGAUACCUCCUUCUACAAGCGCAUUGCGCGGGCUGCCGAAGGGGAGCAGCCAGAGCGUGUGUGGGCGCUGUGGGAGCAGGCACGCAACACGUUCCCCCCGCGCGAUUUGGCGCAGAAGGACAAGAUCGUGAUCCCGAACCGCAUCUACCACCUAGUGCUGGAGAAGAUGAUGCAGUUCGGGCAGCCGCAGCAGGCCAUACAGGUGUGGAACACGAUGGUGGCCAACGGCGUGCGGCCGGACGUGCGAGCCUGGACGGCCAUGCUCACGGGGUGUCGCAAUGCGCGGGACAGCGUGACGCUGGAGCAGCUGUGGGGCAGGAUGCUCGACUCGGGCAUCCAGCCUGAUGCGUUCGCCUGGUCGACGCGCAUUCACGGUUUCAUGGUGACGGGCAACACGCGGCGGGCCAUGGAGUGCCUGGAAGACAUGGGGCAGAUCUGGCUCGCGGCGAAGCGGGCGCAGGAGAGCGGCAAGAAAAAGCGCGGCGCGGCGGCAGAUGCGGCGAAUGCAGAGGCAGAGGAGACGAAGCUACCGCCGCGGCCGACGAUUGAGGUCAUCAACACGGUGGUGACGGUCAUGUCGCGCCGGAACCUGCACAGGGAGCUGGCGCGGGUGCUGAACUGGGCGCGCAGCUUUGGCAUCCCGCCCGACGUAGUCACGUUCAACACGCUGAUCAGCAUGGCGCUGCGGAACGAGAACUCGACGGAAGCCAUGACGCUGCUGGGGCAGAUGGACGAGGCGGGCGUGGCGCCCGAUGUCGCAACCUUUGCCAUCAUCCUCAACAGCGUCUUCCGCUCGCCGACGGUGCAGAACGCCGGCCCCGAGGUGCAAAACACCAAGGUGCUGUCGGUGCUGCAGAACAUGGAGAAACGGGGGCUGACGCCCAACGCCUUCGUCUUCGCGACGCUGGUCGACGGGCUGCUGAAGAUGCACAAGAACUUUGCGGCGGCGGCGGCGGUGCUGGCGUACAUGCGCAAAAAGGACGUGCCCAUUUCGCCGCACGUGUACACGAUCCUGCUGACGCACUACUUCGACGCGGCCGAGGCGCCCGACUUUGCGGCGGUUGAGGCGCUGUGGAGCGAGAUCCAGGCCAAGGCCAUACCCGUCGACGCCAUCUUCUACGACCGCAUGAUUGAAAAGUACGCGCACGUGGGCGAGCUGGGCAAGGCCAUGACGACGCUGUCGCGCAUGAGCCGCGAGGGCAAGAGCCCCGGCUGGGUCGCCCUCGACCUCCUGUGCCGCUGCCUGGCGUUCGCGGGCGACUGGGACCGCUUCUUGGAGCUCGUGCGCGACGUCAUGCAGGGCAAGGGCGUCGUGGCCGCCGGCUUGCAGCCCACCAGGCCGACUGUCGUCGAUGCGUUUUGGCGCAUGGUCGAGGACAAGAUGUCGCUUAUGCCGAGGUCGGACGAUGGCAAGGUGAGGGGGCUGGAUAUAUUGAGGAUGUUGGAUCAGAGGUUUCGGGGGAGGUAG